AGAGUCAACUCAAAAAUCUCAAUUUUUGAGUUAUUCACACCAUCGAAUUCCUUAUUUUAGUACCCACCGACCAAUAAAACAGAAUCAAAAAUAACACCUCUACUCGACCCUAGAUGGCGCUGAAUGUCCCUAUUUAUGAACGAGCAAGCCUCUCCUUACACCACCAAAACAGCAAUAUUGCUAGUAACCAUCGGAACUGCAAGCGGAACAGACGUACUUGAAGCCAACAAGUUGGAGUUAUUUCGAGUUGAAUCCCUUUUGAUGGAAAUUGAACAAAUUAUAUUUUGAGUUAUCGCCGUUUUGACGACUAGUGCAGAGUUAUUUGAUAUUUUAUUUUCAGUUGAACCAGUAUCGAUGGCAGGGCAAAAUUUGAAACGUGGCCGGUUCUUAGUGAAUUUAGUAAUGGAAAGAGACAAAGAAAACAACACUCCUUCUAACAUACUUCCGCAACACCCACCUCUGGAAGAUGUCAGUAAGAUGUCAUCAAUUGAUGAAGUACCAUCUGCGGCAACCCAUGCUGCAUUAUCCAGGUUAGAUAAUAACUAUUACAUUUCACCAAUACGGAGCGAAGAAAGUGAUUUCGACGACUCCGAUGCAGAUCCAAAUUUCGAAUUGUCACCGAGGAAUACCGAAUAUAAAUUUGUACCACUCUUACCUCCUAAUCCUAAUGGAUCAUUGAGUCCGUCCAGCACCAGCAGCUCAAGCUCAUCCGAAUCUAAUGAUUCCUCGGACAGCGAUAGGGACAAAGUAGUCCCUCAGAGUCCUAUAGUUGCUGAAAUAAAUUUUCAAGAACCAGAAGUAGAAAAAAAAGUAAAAAAAGAAUAAGAAAACCAGCGAAAUGGAAAUCUAAGGUAGCAAAAACGCUGAGAAAUUCUGGUAAAGCCUACCAGUCUUUAUCAAAAUUGAAAAAACUAAUGCCAGAGAGAAAAGUUGGACCACCCUGUGAAGAGAAAUGUCGGUUGAAAUGCAGAAGUAAAAUCGAUGAAAUGUCGAGGCAACAGCUCUUUGAUGCAUUCUGGGGCCUCGGCAAUCUUGAAAGACAGAGAGAAUUUGUAGUAAGACACUCUCAACAAAUUAAGCCUAAAUAUCGAUA